AGGUGGCGGAAGUACGGCCAGAAGCAGGUGAAGGGUAGCCCCUUUCCCCGCGCAUACUACAAAUGCACGCAUGCCGGCUGCACCGUCCGUAAGCACGUCGAGCGCAGCGCCGAGGAUGAGACGCGGUUCGUAGUGACGUAUGAGGGCACGCACAACCACCGUGCACCG